AUGGAGCAAUCUCCGUACUCCGCGGGGGUUCGGUCACCCUCGCCCACGGGCAUUACAGUGACUCGGCGACGUGACUCGAUGAGGAGCAGCUAUAGCGUUGCUACGGAUGUCGGAAUGGCUCGCAGCGAGGUCUUUGAUGGACCUAUGUCGGAGAGCAUACCAUCCAGCAUCGCGUCGUUCUCCCGCCGCCGGAUUCGGAGAGAUUCCACCACUAGCUUUUCACGCCAUCAAGAAAACGAAAACACGUUUGACUGGCACCAUAGAGACUCCGUGGACCUCGAAACUGGAGUCGACGACUUGUUCGUGGCCGAAUUUGAUGAUACAAAUGAUUCAACCAAAUUUCCGUUCAAAUCAAGACCAUCCUUUCAGCAGCGAAGCUCUGUCGAAGAUCCACUACUCCCUCGGCGUUCGCUGUCUGCCGGCUCUGCAGAUCGAGAAUGGAAGAGCGGCGGCAAAGUCAGACAAGAAAUCAAUAUUGCUUCUGAAGACGUCACAAUUGUCAUAACCGGCUUCACUACAACUACGUUGGGUGCUUUAUUAUACUACUUUUUCUGCUCGCUGACUUUGGGUUUCGCAUUCCUAUUAUUUCGAUGGUUUCCACGAUGGAGAAUACGUUUACUAGGGAGAGUUUCGCCGUUGAAAACCUGCAACUGGGUUGUCGUAGAGGAUCAAUGGAAACAAUUUAGCAUCUGUGAGAUCCUUAGCCAAGCAUACAGUCGACCUCUUUCCACGAUUUUCGCCGACUGCUACAGAUACCAAUAUGAUGAGGAUAGUGACCCGACUGUUGAAAACUUGAAGUAUUUCGACUAUAGGUAUCUCCGGUUCUUCUACCAUCCGUUAGAGGACAAGUUUCUUUUGAUCAGCGGUUGGAAAGAUCCGUCCUGGGUUAAUGCAAAGUCGAUGCGGGCCGGUCUCGAUGCCGAAGAUCGUGACAGUCGUGAGCAGAUUUUUGGUUUGAAUGCCAUCAACAUUCAACAAAAGCCGUUGUUUCAACUUUUAAUUGAUGAGGUAAAUCCAUAUCGCACCCUCUGGCCCCAAGGAAUGCUGACGAGGACAGGCGUUCCACCCAUUUUACAUAUUCCAACUUGCCAGCCUUCUUCUUUGGUCUCUUGA